AACGAAAAGAAAAAAGCUGGCGCUGCUACGUGCAGGUAAAAGGAACAAGCGACUCAAAAGAAAGACAUUUGUCUUGGCAGAAAGCGGCGGCUGACGAUGGAGUCGGAGAAACCUUCCUGUGCGACAGAACCCCGAAAGUGAGGCAUUUGAAGUUGGGUGAAAAAAAGCGCAACACCUUGUGCUUUCUUGGAGGAAAGUGCCGUUGUGUCAUACCACCGUCGGGCACCCUUUGUACAGCGAGCAACUUGGACAGCUGCGUGUUUUCAGGCGAGCCAUCAACAAAAGAAUGAAAGCGUUCAAACGAGCUCUGGACGAAGAGCUUCGCCCGGAGCAGGAGCACUCCUCUGCGAUGUCGGACAGCGACGAUGGCUCCCCGCUCGACCUGUCAGGAAGGGGUCUCUUUGGGAAACGCCGUCGCCGCGGCAACCUGCCCAAGGAGGCGGUGCAGACUCUACGGAGCUGGCUGUACGAGCACCGCUUCAACGCCUACCCGUCAGAGCAGGAGAAGCUCAGUCUGUCUGGACAGACCAACCUCUCUGUGCUGCAGAUAUGUAACUGGUUCAUCAAUGCACGUCGCCGCCUCCUCCCUGACCUGCUUCGUAAGGACGGCAAGGACCCCACAAAGUUUACCAUCUCCCGCAAGGUCGGCGGGAGGAGUGAAGUCCACUCCACCAGCGGGGGCGGAGCCAGCUCCCCAGAAAGCAACUCUUCCAACGGCUCGUCACAACAGCGCCCGUCCGUCAUCCGCUCCGUCCCCGCGCUGGACCUCGGUCUUCUCGGAAACACGGCGACGGCCAUUCUGACCGGAGCGGGCUACCCCGGCAAGGAAGGGGCGGUCCAGGCGCUGAUGACGCUCGACACCCAAAGCCUCCUGAGGGAAGCGGAGGAACAGGGGACCAAUCCGGUUUGUCGCGCUAGCACAACAAUGGCGGCUAGUCCCACUGGUGGCCUCUUCAACACCCCCCCGCCGACUCCCCCCGAGCUGUUUCCCACCCAGGACUUCAGCGACUUGAGGCUCCUGGUGGAUGCGGCUCUGCAACGGGCAGCUGAGCAGGAGAACCUGAAGAGGCUCCAGGAGAGCCAGAACAGGACCCCGGGGGCAGAGUGUGUGGCUUACAGCGGUGGCGCCGGGCUCCCGCCGCCCACCGAGGACGGCCAACAGGUCAUGGAUCCUUCCAGGGUGCAGAGUCUGAUGGAGAAGGCUAUGGCUGCUCCGGUGUCGACUUCGGCCAAGGAUCCGGGGCCUGUGCCUUUGACUGCGUCCGUCUCUGCCCCGCGGCUAUCUCCUCCCCCGAUGGCUAAAGGCAUCUGGAGCCCCUUGGAGGAGGAGCGUGCCACAGCCUCCAGCCCUCACCAGCCGCAGCUCACCCCGGCCCAUCUGCCUGCCUCGGUUUUCGGACAGCCAAAGUCCUUGAAACCGGCUGCUGCUGCUGCUCCAGCCAGCGCCGCGGCUUCGUCGCUUGCUCCGACCUGCCGCUCGGUUCCAGUUCCGCUGCCUCUCCGUUUGCCGUCGGCAGUCCUGGUCCCAGGCACCAGCCCGGCUUCCUCCCAGACUGUAGCGCUGGCCUCGGCUCCGGCUAUCGCCGCUUUCGCAGACCCCAGAGGAGUCCCGCUCUACCUGCCGUUCCACAAGUCUCCCGUAGUCCCAGUCAGUGUUCCGUGUCCGUCACUCAUUUCAGGCGCCGCGUUGCCUCCGGUCCCCGUUCACAACCCUGUCUUCGUCUCGACGCCAACGCAAAGUCCAACUCCUCUGCCCGCUUCAGCCCAAAUAUCCUCCUCUACGCCAACGAUGACGCCUCAUCUUGGCCCGGCUCCUCUGCAGCUUUCAUCCACCAGCAGCAUCAGUACCAGUAGCAGGAGUUCCGCAGUGGUGCCCAGUGUUUGGAGCAUGGUUCAUUCUGAUACCCGGCAAACCAGCUCUCUUCAGGGACCAAAGACCCCCAUCUCCACCGUGUGGGGCCCGCAGCACAGCCUGCACACAGUGAGUGAAGCGGUGAACUAG